AUGCCAGACUUUGUCGAAAGCCUUACGCAGGUCCAGGAAGACGCAACCUACCACUUCUCCUUUGUCAAUGGCUUUCGUCCACUCGUCAACAAGUCGGACCAACUGGAGGUCGUGUUAUCAUGCGCUCGGAAUCCACUUCGCGACUCCAAGAGUGUCACAGGAGAGACGGGUAGAACAAAGGUGGCAGGGGAGUCAUCUCUGCCAGAUGAAGGGAAAAUGGUCGAUGACAACGAUCACAACGGCGAUCCCGACGGUCACGUGAACGACAACGGCGAUCCCGGCGGUCACGUGAACGUCAACAGCGAUCCCGACGGUCACGUGAGCGACAACGGCGAUCCCGACGUUUACGUGAGCGACAACGGCGAUCCCGACGGUCACGUGAGCGACAACGGCGAUCCCGACGGUCACGUGAGCGACAACGGCGAUCCCGACGGUCACGUGAGCGACAACGGUGAUCCCGACGGUCACGUGAACGACAACGGCGAUCCCGACGUCCACGUGAACGACAACGGCGAUCCCGACGGUCACGUGAACGACCAUGAACCUAGUGGCCGACAGCCUGAAGAUGGAGAAAGUCCAUCCGAUUUCAAUGAUGACAACGACGAUCCCGAUAACCACGUAUACAACAACGACGAUACCGAUAACCACGUAUAUAACAACGACGGUCCCGACAGCCACACGUACAACAACGACAAUACCGACAGUCAUGUGUACAAUAACUACGAUCCCGACAAUCACGUCUACGAUACUGAAGCUGGUGGUCGGCAACCUGAUGACGGAGAUGACUCGGAGGAAGAAGACAUCCGUGGCUUUGCUAAAAGGUGCAGGGCUGAGUUUCUCCGUCACCGUCUCCUUUGUGGAGUCACCAUCGCUGUUGCAGUAGCGACCUUGAUUGCUGCAGGACUGUCUGCUGUCAUACUUACAACUUUAUCAUCUGAAAGUAAUGCUGGGAUCCACUUCGUGAGUCUCAAGUAUUAA